UCCCCCUGUGCUCGGCUCCUAGGGUGGUGGCAGGGCUGCUUCCCUCCCUUUUUGGGGCCAUCCCAGCGAGCUUUGGGUCCUUCCCCCAGAUCCUCAUGCACGUGUUCUGCACCUACCUGGACUCCAGGCUCCCUCCUCACCCCAAAUACCCCGACGGCAAAACCUUCACUUCCCAGCACUUCAUCCAGAGCCCGGAUAAACCAGACACUUCCAACGAGAACCUGUUCUGCAUCUACCAGAGCAGCAUCAACCCGCCCCACUACGAGCUCAUCUACGAGUGCCACGUCUACAGCCUGCCCAAGGUAUGGGGUGGGGUGGGAUGGGAUUCUCCCGCUCCCAGGAAUCCUCUCCAGCUCCAGUUCGGGAUGUUUGAACUCCUAAACCCAUUUAUGGACUUUUUACAUCAGCCUGGGCCAGCCUGCUCUAAGCCCAGCUUGGGGUUUAAGCCUCCGGCCUAAUCCCGGCUGUGGGAU